GUUGUUUUAUCGCAUCGACGUCGUCACACCUGGCCUUGAGCGAUUUUGUAUGUACCUUUUAGAAAUACAGUACAAUGGUGCAAACUAACAUACAAAAAUUCUCGGCAUAUAAUUAAGUGGCUGUGCAUUUGCUGCCGACCACGGCCUCCAGAAACCUCUGCAAAUCAUCUGCAACUUUUAUGGACGAGCAGAGUUGUCGGAUAUUAUGCAGUGAGCUGUAUUCCUAUUAUACAUAGAGAAGCUGUAACUGACAACAAUCUGAAUCAUCAUCAUGGUAGACGAGCGGUACGUCUUUCAGACGGAAUGGUUCGACGGCGGGGCGUCGCUGAUCCGAUACUACCAAUUCACCUUCUACCCAAAGGACAAUACAAUCGAACUGUACGACACCAAGGCCAAGCGCCUUUUCCUGAAACGAUCCCACUGCCCCUCCGUCACAGCAGAUAAACUUUAUCUCGGAAGCACGCUCUGUAUUGGAGUCAUUGCCUUUCGUAGCAUCUUUGCCCGACUUUUCAGUGCCUGUUUCGCAUAAAUUUUCUGAUUUUUUCUUGUCGUUUGGGUACCAAAAACUAUAGCUAGUAAGAUGUUCCAAAAUAUGAGUGAAAUAAAAUUUACAUCAGCGACGCGCACGCCCCAAGCAAUUUUUCUAAAAAUAAAACCCAACGGAAACAAAUCGCACAGGUAUCCACAGCAGGCAUAUGAGAAUCGUGGACUACUGCGACGUGUUUACACGGAACAUAUUUGAAGAGCGUACGAAAAGAGAAACAGGACAGUCCCAGGAGUUUCGUAUAUUGUCACGAGUGCCGUACAGUACUCUUGCUCAAAUCCGUACACCAGAGUCACGGAGCCACGCACCUUUCUUCGCGUCGUUUGCUUUUUUUAUGAUCAUGCACUGCGAAUUUGCUUACACUGUCACUGAGACAACACGUACGUUGGUGCAGUCUCACUCACGAUCGUUGAAAGAGUAGACAAGCAGUAUGGUUGACAUACGCGUGCGGUCUGCUCUGUUUAUCUUCCUAUAUCGGAGAAGUCCAGAACGCUAGCGCUCAUCAAGCCAGAUGCAUACCAGCACAUCGGUGAGCUUCUUCUUCAGCUGCAUUCGUAACACACGAUUCGUGAAAGAACACGCAAUGCUGUAGAAUUGUCUUAGUCUUUGUGAUCCUGUUUGUAAAUUCAGCAACAUGUAUCAAGGAGUUCGUGGAGCACGACCUUCGACUUUUUUCCCUUCAGGUAAGAUAAUCGAGCUCAUCCACGAGCAUGGGCUAGUCAUAUCAAAGUUGCAGAUGCUGAAGAUGACGAAGGGCUUUGCCGAAGAGCAGUACGCGGAACACAAAGGUAUGGCCUACUUGUUACUAUGUGCUGGAAUUAAGUAUAGAAGACAGAGUGAUUUCAUCUUCUAAAGCUGACGAUGAUGCUGGUACUGCAUGUGGUCAACAAAAUCAUAGAAAUCUUUGUCGCACAGGCAAGCCAUUCUACGAGAACCUGGUGAACUUCAUGACGUCUGACGUUUGCGUAGCCAUGGAGUUAAUCGGAAAGAACGCAGUGUCCACGUGGAGGUCUCUGAUGGGGCCAACAAACACACAAAAAGCACAGUAAGAAAGUUCAUGGAAUCUCUCUCGUUUUUGAGGUUGAAUCCGUCAGCUAAGGAACAGUAGCAGUUCUCUCCUGUUUAUGAACUUCAAAUUCAGUACUCUCGAAGGAGAAAAAUCCUUCACAGAUGAAGUAGUUUUAUGAUCAUUGAACUGUCGAUCGCACCACUUAGAUCGGCACGUACGCAGAAAACGAUGCAAUUACAUCAGGGAAGAGGCACCCGGAUCCAUCCGCGCGCGGUUCGGCACUGACGGAACACGAAAUGCUGCGCACGGGAGCGAUAGCAGUGGCAGUGCGGCGCGCGAGUUGAACUUGUUUUUUGGGGAGGAGAACAAACUGCCCACGACAGCCAUCUUUAACAACUGCACGGUAGGAAUCGUCAAGCCGCAUGCGGUCACGUCGGUACUUAUCUUCGAGAAGGGCUUGGAUCGAGUUUCAAGCGAUGCUGUUCUAGUUUCGUUCCGAUGAUUGAAGUGUGAUUUACGUGAGUUGUGUGAAGAAGCCUUUCCCUUUGCGAUGCGGACAAGAAUUUUUUUGUCCAGAUGAACUGCAUUCAUUUUAUAUAAAUUUCUGUAUCUAAGUAUAAGUAAUCUAUCAAAAAGAAGACUAUAACUUCAGGGUCACGCCGGUCCCAUCGUCGACCGAAUACUCGAAGAGGGUUUCGAGAUUAGUGCGAUGAAACUGUGGACGCUUGAAAAGAAUUUGGCCGAAGAGUUCAUGGAAGUGUACCGAGGAAUCCUCCCAGAGUAUCACGACCUCGUCGAAGAGCUCGCGUCCGGGCCCGCACUUGUCAUGGAAAUUCGCCAGGAAAAUGCCGUCGAGAGCUUCCGUACUGCUCACUUCUUUCUGAAUACUUGAUUAUUUGUAUAGACGUAAUAUUUGUGAGGUGCGUGUCUAGCGUUACUCUUCCACCUCCACAUGACAUUGCUGAAAGUGCAUUAGCACUUUGUCUGUGUCGUGUGGUGGAGGAGGUGGUCGGUGGUCCGAAUCUAUCUGAAUGGAGACUCCAUUUAGAUUCCUUCGCACCAUCCCGACCAGGAUGAACGAACUCAUGCUGGCUCGUGCUAGGUCUGCUGCUCAAUGGGGGGCGAAUCGUGGAAAAGCACAUUUAUCUUUUUAGACCCUGUAGUUGUAAGCGGUCCUUACCAUUUUUCGUUCAUGCCCGGCUUUCGCACAUACAGGUAAAUUAGUCGGUCCCAUUGAUCCAGAGGUAGCGGCGCAUUUGCGACCGAACACGCUGCGGGCGAAGUUUGGUAGCAACCGCAUCGAGAAUGCGGUGCACUGCACCGAUCUACCAGAAGACGGCUUGUUGGAGGUUGAAUACUUUUUUAACGUCCUGUACAACCGAAAAGCGGAAACCAAGAAAGUGCUGGAAAACUAACUCGACUUAUUGUGAGUGUUGCGUAUAAUACCACUCGCAAAGUAAAUGUUGAAGCAUCAAUCGUUAGUUUCGUUGUAAGGACAUUAACACCUUCUAAUAAAAUUCCUUUUGACUACUUCAAACAAAUACAAAAACAAAUAAGAAAGGAUGAAACCUCAGAAAAUAUAAAGAAAAUAUAACCUAGUCACUAAAGAGACAGAGAGAGCAGCGUGAUUUUUGAUAGUUUCCAGGCGAGGAAGAACAAGAUCAAGCCCGAGCGGGGUGUAUUGAGAUCCGGUUUUAACUCGCUUGGAAAGAACAGCAGCUACGGCCAGAUCAAAAGCAGACCUAUCUAUGUACCGCACCAUUCGAAAAGAAUAUAUAAGAGUCACUAGAUAUUGUCGCCAGAGCCAGAAGAUAUUUUACACCGACAGGCUGAAUGUGAUGUGUCGAGCUUCCGCGCCGAAAAAUGAACUUCUUCUCUCUUCUAGCAGGAAGAUCCGCGACCAGUGAUCUACUUCUAGGCGAAAAAGAAGUGCAGCCACUGCAGAAACAAGCUACAAACAUCAAGGUGGAGCGCAAGAAAGAUGAAUGUCGUCAGUAUUUUGUGCAACAAGUGGAUUGAGAAGGGCAUGAACCAGAAGCAAGCCCGACUCCUUUCACUUGCCAUGAAAGACUGCUAGUAAGAUACUCUCGUUGUAAUUUAGUGUUGAAGAACAAAACUUCACAUUCACUUGUUUAUCUUUUCGGACUCUAAUUUUUUACAGUACUACUGACUUUGGCUUUGCGGCUUGGCUCACACAAAGAGCAAGAAGAUCAGAGAUCGCAAACACGCUAAUCCUGUAUACGCGUUGGUGUGCGUC